AUGGAAAGCUAUAAAAUUCCUGGACUUCCAAAAAUUAUACCUGUAAUAAAACACAUUUUAAAAAAACCUAAAAUCGGUAGCAUAAAAUACAAUCGUUGGACACCUCAAGAAAUUACUACACUUUUAACAGCAUAUAAAGAGUAUGGUAAAAAUUGGAAUAUAAUUUCUCAACAAUGUCUUCCCACUCGACCACCCUCCACUAUAAGACGAAAAUACAUACAUUUAGAAAAAAUUAAAGCAAGACCAACAUCUGAACACAAUACAUGGACAACAGAGGAUGAUGAAACAUUAAGAAUGGCUACACAUAAAUAUGGUGUAGGAAAAUGGAGUGAAAUUCGAAAGAAAUUUUUUUCUGAUAGGUCAUCAGCACAAGUUCAAGAAAGAUGGAAAGUUUUAUCGAAAACCAAAUUUGGAAGAUGGAGUCCUGAAGAAGAUAAGAGAUUACAAGAACUAGCUAAACAAUAUAAAGAAGAUUAUCGAGUAAUUUCUGAGAUAUUAAAACGACCAGUUCAUUCGAUUUAUGUUCGGUACAAACGUUUACAAACUCCAAAAUGGACAAUUGAAGAAUUGGAUAAAUUACGUGAUUUAUUAAAAGAAUAUGGCAAAGAUUGGGAGAGAAUUGAACAAAUGAUGCCAGGAAGAAAUGGGUGGGAAAUUAAAAAAGUGGCGGAUACAUUAGUUUGUGUUAAUCCUUUUAUUAAUAAACGGAUGUGGAGUAAGACGGAAAAAGAAUUGAUUAAGAAAGGCGUGGAAAUGCAUGGAAAUAAUUGGGUUAGGGUUAGUCAGGUUGUAGGAACUAGAUCACAUAGACAAUGUCAAAGAUAUUGGCAGAUAGAGCAAGGAAAAGAGAAAACUGGAAAAAUGACCAAUGACAAUUAG